AUGUUCCUGCGCCACCGGCUCGCACAAUGGCGGGGAUCAAUGGCGGACGAAAGAGGGCUGACAAACCUCCGUGGAGGUCCAUGGUCUGCCUCCCGUCGGCUGAGAUCGGUCGAUUACCUACUCAGAUACCCCACGAUAACCAUUGGACCAUCGUCGAUCAAACAGCCUCCCAGCAUCAUCCUGCUUCGCAUCCUCCUGUCAGCGGCGCGGCGAGAGUCGGAGCCACCUCGGGCAAGGCUUUGUCCAUGGAACCCAGAACCUGGAUCCCUUGUCAAGGUUCGUCCUGGGCAGGGAAAGGUUGCUGAGAAGGCUGCAGAGAACCGCAACCGCUCCCACUCUGGACAAACGAAGUACUCCAUAGAAUCCAUCCGUCAGCAUGAGUGGGUAUUGGUAAGGGAUAACGUCCAGUCGAUGUCGUCGUCAGCACCGCCCACCGGCUGCAGAUUGCCGAUCUGCAGCACAAUCGGUGCCGAAAAUAUGAUCAGAGACAAGUCUAACGGCUUCCGGGCCGUAACCCUGUUUCUCUUCCCACGAUUGUGGCUUGAGGUAGGGCAAGCUAUUGCUCAAUUGGAGGGUGGACGUUGCAUUGUCAACGAUUCUCAGCCAGCCACCGAUUAA